AUGAAUAUACAACAUGGUCAUUAAGAUUCAAUAUUAAAUACUUCUUUGGCAAUAGUGGUAAUAAAUAUCAAUUAAAUUAGAACCAACAUCACAAUAAUUUCGACAUCUUGAUUGAUGAUGAGUCAGAACACAAGUUUUGGACCAACAAAAGAAAAUAUUUACUCUAAUGUCUUUGUCGAAGAAUUGUUUUGAUGGCUUACAAUUCUGGUCCUGUUUAUUUUAGUUACAUGAUUGUGAGUCUCUACAUAUUUAAAUUAUUACGAAAGGUUGAUACUGAUAAAACAUUUCGAUAAUAAUACAUGAAGUAAUAAUAUAUAAUGUAAUCAAGACAAUAUGUAUAUGAUUAUAUGCUUUGUAUUUGUAUAGCCUGUAUUUACACAAUCUUUCUUUAUGGACUGUUUAAUCAUUCUGGUAACUUAAAUACCUAAACAUUCAAGAAUUGUCAGAGGUGAAUAGAGAAUAUUUUCAUUGGGCAGUUAAUUGUGUUCUAUUUAUUAUGUUGUAUGCAAUAUUCAUUACUCAAAAAGAGUUGGUAAAAAUAGAAGAAGUGGAAAUAGAAAAAGCUGUAAGAAAUAUAUAUUAUGGUUUAGUAAUAAAUUAGAACUUAAAAAGAUAAAGAGUAGAGAUAUGUAUUUUCUUUUAAUAUUUCUUUUUUAUUCAGCCAAUAAAACUUCUAUAAUAUUGGUUUAGGCAGAGCUCAUAUGGAUUUCAUUAGAGCUUAAGAUUCUUAAGAUAAAGAUAAUCUGAAUACGAUUUAGUAGUUUUCUAAAUAAGUCGAUCAUAUUAUAGAUAAAGAGAAUCUGGAUCCAACAAUGAUAUACUUUAGCAUGUGUUCAGAUUUUAUUAAUAAUGAAAUGCAGACAUCACCUAUGGCUAAGAAAAGAAAAUCCAAAAUUAUUAAAGAGGUUGAAAAAGCUAAAUCUGUUUUGGAUUAUCUUUAAGAUUUGGGUUUUAAUGGAAAUCGUGGUGUUUUUUAACAUUUUCUUUUGCCUCAUUAUAUUUAUACAAGAAAAUUCUUGAAUCCAGAUCGUAAUUUAUAGAUUAUUGUUGUGAUAACUUUAAUUACCCUUAAAGUCUUAAUACCUAUAUUCUUUUUGUUUUGGCCAAUUCAUCCUUACACUCUCAUUUAUUCUGUUAUAUUCAUGGGAUUCUAUAUGCAUUUUUUAUCAAUUAUAUUUCAAUUAGUUUUGAAUGAUGAUUUGAAAACUAGAAAUUAUAUUCUGUAAGCAUUGAAUAGGAUUAUAACAAUUGAUAUGGAUUAAGAAAAUGCACUUCAUGAAUUAAUUGAUAUAACUUGUUCGCUUAGUUUGUAAAGUUGGAAUUUAAUGAGAACAGUUGUUAUAUAUAUUGAAAAGAAAAAGAAAAUCGAAUAUAAUUAUGUAUAUGGUUUUCUUGCUCUUUAUGGUGCUAUGUGUUUUGGUGGAUUUACAUUGUGCAAUUUUGAAUUACCAUUUAUGUAAGCAAUUAAUUAUUGUGAUGAUGAUGUUUUACUCUAUAAUAUACAUGCAGAUAUCGUAUUAUCUUUUAUUAUAUGUAUGGGUAGAAUCUACUAAGGUUCUAAUUUUAAUCAGACAUUUAAUGAAAUAGAUUCAGUAAGAAAUAAUAUUGAAAUUAGAAUAUUCAUAAGUUGACUGCAAUAUAUGAAGAUUUAUACACAUUAUUCGAUUAUUAUUUUAAGAAUAAAAAUAUAGUUGAUAACAGAAUCUAUAGGUAAGUGAUUGAAUUAAUUUACACUUAUGCUAAAAAGAGAAUGGCAAUGCCGUUACAAAGAAAUAUCAAAAAUAAAGCAGAUAUAAUUGAGACUGAAGAAAUGGUUAUAAUGAGAGAAAAAGUAGCUGAAAUGAAAAGUUGCUUGGAAAAAAUAUAAAGUAAUGUUGAGAGAGAUGUUAAAAAAUGCCAUGAUAAAUUCAUUGGAAUUUUUGAUGCAAAUUUUAAAAAACAAAUGAGAAUUAUGAUUUUUGUUAUAAUUACAUUUGUACCAUCAUUAUCAACAAAGUAAAUAUUAUAUUUGAAUAUUAUAGAGUCUACAAAUAUCUCAGUUAGAUGAUGUGAUAAAUCUAUAUUAUAUGAA